GCACUGUGUCUGCAAUCCACUGCCGCUUCCACGAAUCAUUGACGGACCGGUUUGGUCCUCGGACGUGGCGUCUGCGCUCUGCCCCGGCCCGUCCCGAUCAGCUUGACCGAAGGCAAGGAAUAGCAACUAUGUGCGGAUAUGCUGGAAUAAAUUGGUAUUGGUAUUGCCGACGGUGGUGCUGACGUCACACACCGGUCUGCCGGCCUGAUAUAUAAAGCCGCCGGGCCCGUCGGACUGCAUCAAUCCCAGCUGUAGAACACACAGAGUCGGUCUACCCCCAACAAACAGAAUCAUCAUGAAGGUGUUCGCCGCUCUUUUGUGCCUGGUGGCGGUAGCCGCGGCUACCCGGGUCUACAACCAGCCGGGACGCGGUCGCCGCCCGGUCGGUGUUCACCCCGGUUUGGGACACGGCCGUCAGGGGCAAGUUGGUCUGGGACAGGCUGGUCUGGUCCAGCCCGGUCUGGGACAGGCUGGUCUGGUCCAGCCUGGUCUGGGACAGGCUGGUCUGGUUCAGCCCGGUCACAGCGCUGGCAUUAUCCCUGGCGGUGGUGUGGCCACUGGAAAUGCUGCGGGAAAUGUGCUCCAGGCACAGCAGAGCACUCCCAUCGGAGGGUCUACCCAGACUCAGCAGACUUCAGCUGUCGCCGGGGGCAGCGCCUCUGGUCUGGGAUCGAGCAGCAUCAACCAGGCGUCGUCCCAGGGCUCCCAGUCGACCGGCCUCUUCGGCAAUCAGCAGUCGAGCAACACGGACGCGCUCUCUGUGCAGCAGGGUGGCGGCAGACUGAUCGGACAGGGCAUCCCCGUCGGCAGCUACGGAAAGUAGGCUGUGUGAACUGUGUUCUGGGGGAGGCUGACAUUUGAUAUUUUCCUGAAAAUGUGUCAUCAUCGAAGUGUUGAAAUAUACGUGAUCCAACAUCACAUGA